AUGACCGUCACCUACACGGCCCAAGUGGCCAAUGCGCGCUUCUGCGGUUUCUCCAAACUUCUGCUGGCGUGGAAGGGCAGCAUCUACAAAGUGUUGUACAAAGAGUUCCUCGCGUUCUUCGCCAUGUACACCGCCAUCAGCAUCACGUACAGAUUCUUUCUCUACGACGACCAGAAGAGAUAUUUCGAAAAACUUGCGAUCUACUGCAACCACUAUGCCAGCCUCAUCCCCAUGUCCUUUGUGCUCGGGUUCUACGUCACCCUGGUGGUGAACCGCUGGUGGAGUCAGUACACGUGCAUCCCGCUCCCGGACCGGCUGAUGUGCACGCUGUCGGGGGGGCUGCGGGGGGCCGACGAGCGGGGCCGUCUGCUGCGCCGCACCAUGAUGCGCUACGUCAGCCUCUCCGCCCUGCUCAUCCUGCGCUCCGUCAGCACCGCCGUCUUCAAGCGCUUCCCCACCAUGGACCACGUGGUGGAGGCCGGCUUCAUGACCAGAGAGGAGCGGAAGAAGUUCGAGGGUCUGGAGUGUCCCUACAACAAGUACUGGAUCCCCUGUGUGUGGUUCACCAACCUGGUGGCCGCCGCCCGCAGCGAGGGCCGCAUCAAGGACGACGGCACGCUGAAGCUCCUGCUGGAGGAGCUGAACGACUUCCGGGGAAACUGCAGCAUGCUGUUCCACUACGACAUGAUCAGCGUUCCUCUGGUGUACACACAGGUUGUCACUCUGGCCGUGUACAGCUUCUUCCUGGUGUGUCUGAUUGGUCGACAGUUCCUGGACCCCACCCAGGGCUACCAAGGUCACGACCUUGACCUCUACGUCCCCAUCUUCACCCUGCUCCAGUUCUUCUUCUACGCUGGCUGGCUGAAGGUGGCAGAGCAGCUGAUCAACCCGUUCGGAGAAGACGACGACGACUUCGAGACCAACUGGCUGAUCGACCGCAACUUUCAGGUGUCCAUGAUGGCGGUGGACGAGAUGUACGGAGACGUGCCGCUGAUGGAGCGAGACCGCUACUGGGACGACUCCAACCCCCGGCCCCCCUACACCGCCGCCACGCUCUUCGUCCUCCGCAAGCCCUCCUUCCAGGGCUCCACCUUCGACAUGGCGAUCCCCAAGGAGGAGAUGCACUUCCAGCCUCUGGAGGACAUCGCCGAGAACCUGGAGGAGCCGGGGGGCCGGCACCCCAACAUGGCGCUCUUCAACCGGCUGCUGACGGCUGCCCCCGCCCCCGCCCGGCUGAUGGAGGGGGCGUUCCGCCGGACCUCCACCCAGCUGCAGACGCUCCGUCACCUCCCCGGGGCCGAGCCCCCCUCCAGCGACGACGAGGACGACCUGGGGAAGCCCAGCAUGGGGGGCUCGCUGCCCUCGGGGCUGGGCCAGGACUCCCAGAGCCGGGCGGAGACCAGCGCCCGCACCCCCCUGCUGGACGUGUGCUUCACCCCGGAGAGGAGGGGCGGGGGCCGGGGGGAGCGGGAGGCGUGGAGGGGGGACGGGAGCGACGGGGAACCCGGGGGCAACUACUACAGCGACGGUGGUCGUGCUGGUGGGGUUGGCAACGGCGGCGGGGGUGGGGGUGGGGGGGGGGGCGCUGGGGGCUAUGGGGGUACGGGAGGAGGAGGAGGAGGAGCAGGGCGGAGAGGGGAGAGUCCGGUUGGCACGGUGAUGGAUGAACCGCGGAGGUCGCCGCGUCCCCUGCCCCGACCGCCGUCCAGGGGGAGCUCCGGCCGGCGGGCCUCGGCCGUCCACCCCCCCGGGCCCCUGGGGGGGCCCCUGGCCGGGCCGCGUGGGCCCCUGGUGCGCUCCACCCAGGAGCUGUUCCGCUCGCAGCCCGUCAUCAACCAGAGCCGGCCGGCGCCGCCCCCCCGGCCGAGCAGGAGGUCCUUCCUCCCCGUGCCGUCCUUCAGCGUCCCGCAGAGGCUCCGCAGCCUCAGCAUGGGGUCGGAGGUCACCGGCCCCUGA